GCAACCUCCCACAGCCAUGCCUGCCUUGCAAUCGUGGGCCGACGACGUCGAGAACCAGGACUUCCCUCCUCGCACCGAGACGACCGACAAGGAUGGCGUCACCACCAUCGUCGAGUACCGCCUCAACGACGAGGGCAAGAAGGUCAAGGUGACGCGCAAGAUCCGCCGCACCCUCGUCAAGACGGCCGUCAACCACGUCGUCGCCGAGCGCAUGGGCUGGACCAAGUUCGGCCAGGAGAAGGGCGCUGCGAGCGGUCCCGGCGCGACGACCACGGUCGGCGAGAACGUGCGCCUGCGCAUCCACCCUGGCGGGAUCAAGGCCCACGAGGCGGCCGACAACGAGAAGGACGAGAUGGAGGCGAUGCGCUCGCAGCUGCGCGACAAGAAGGUGACGUGCCGCUACUGCCAGGGCGACCACUUUACCGCGAGGUGUCCGUACAAGGACACGCUGGGCGGCGCGCUCGGUGACGCCGACACGGGCGGCCCGGACGGCGACGUGCCGUCGUCGGACGACCCCUCGGCGAUGCGCGCGGCGGGCAGCAAGUACGUGCCGCCGUCGAUGCGCAGCGGCAGUGCGCGCGGCGUCGGCGAGACGAUGAACGGCGCGCGCGGCCGCGACGACUACCCGACGCUGCGCGUCACCAACCUGAGCGAGGACGCGACCGACACGGACAUGUGGGACCUGUUUGGCCGGUUUGCGUCGCGCGGGCGCAUCAACCGCAUCUACGUCGGGCGCGACAUGGAGACGGGCUUGUGCAAGGGGUUCGGGUUCGUGUCGUUUGAGGACAAGGCCGACGCCGAGGCGGCGAUGAAGAAGGUGCACGGCCUGCCGUACGACCACCUCAUCCUCCAGGUCCAGUGGUCGGUGCCCAAGGCGCCGACGGCCUGAGUGUGCGGCGUCGUCGUCGUCGCGUUUGCAACCCACACCGCGUUUCGCCUCUCG